AUGGCAUGGCGAGAGCAACUCGACAAGGACUCUAGCGAAGAGGAUACCAGCACUAGUGAGGAUGAGGUGGUAGCGAACUUUGGCGUUGCCUGUCGAGAAUGCCAGGAGGCAUUUCCGUCAAACAACCAGCUACACGGCCAUCUCAAAGCUUUCAACGCUCACGCCGUUGAGGAGAUCCCCACAGUUAUCGAUCUUACGGCUAAGCCAAAGGGCAAGCAGCUAGAAGGGAUAGCCAAUUGCACUGAGACCUGCGUCAAAGCGUAUCUCAGCGCCAACAGCGACACUACGCAAGUCAUCACUGCCGUUGUAGACUCUGGUUUUGGCCGCUCAGCAGUGAACCGCAAGCUACUUGAUAGCGUGCCUCACACCAUCAAACCUAUCAAACAUCUAGUUAUUCGUGGCAUCAGAGGCAGAAAGAAGGUCUCUGAGCUAGCAAAGUUCGUUCUCUAUCUCCGAAGUAACAAGGGAGUCUUCUUGAAACUCGAGAUCAAAGCACUUAUAUUCGACGACCUAGGCACUAGCCUGCUUAUUGGUACCGACUAUAUCAAAGCCUGGAAUCUAGAUAGAAAGCCUAUUGCUGUUAUUCGCCUCCAAAUUACGCGAGAGCUAAUGGCCAACUUCGUUAUUUGUGCAGGCAAAGACUGUACUAUCCCUGCCAACUCUGUAGGCCAGGUUGCUCUCCGAAUGAGUCAUUCUGGCAAGGCAGACUUUCUAUUUACAUCCCAACAUCCUGAGAUACCUAAUGGAGUCGUUUCAGCCACUCAGAACGCGGUUAUGUUCUCUAAUCAGGAUUCUGAGCCCCGCCAGAUCAAGCGUGGCACUAUACUCAGCACAGCAGAGUCGAUCCGCAACAGAAAUUUUGCGUACGCAGCGCAAGCAACUAAGAUACUAAACAGCUUUCUAGAUCAAGAACCACAAAACCGCGCAGGCAGUUUGAAGACCUCACCACAGAAGGCGGAGGACACUAGCGUGGGGUGGCUAGAAGAAGCGUAUCAGCCUCGCUAUCAACAUGAACUGCCUGAGGGUAUCGUGGUCCCUGAUCCCUCUACUUCCACCCAUCGAGAGGUACGCGUUAAUGACAAGCUGCCUCUGGAUCAACAAAAGCAGCUCCGAAAGCUAGCAAAGCGCUUCGCAGUCAUCUUCAACGACGGACCCAGCAUGGCACGUCAGCCAGAAGAAGAGUGGCUACGUAUCAAAGUUGCUUCUGAAUUGGAACGAAAUCUCAAGCCUCGACCUCCUUAUCGUAACGCUCCGCGAGCGAAGCAGGCGAUUGACGAUACGUUCAACGAGAAUAUCCAGCUUGGUCGGAUGGCGCCAGCGAAGCAUUCUCCCUACUCCCUACCAGUUUUCGUGGUCUACAAGUACACCCCAGAAGGAGCUGUCAAAAAGGCAAGACCUGUAGUGGAUCUACGACCUCUGAAUGACGUUGCAGAGUCAGAUGCGUAUCCCUUACCUCUUCAAGAGGAUAUCCUUGCCGCCAUGGCCCUGGCUACCUACAUCUCUUCUAUCGAUUUCGUAUCCAGCUUCUACCAGCACUUUACGCAUCCUGACGACUAA